AUGAUUUUUACGAAAGUAUUCUUCAUUCCGGCCUUCUUGAUGUGCAGCGUAUCUACCUUUGUCAAGCACAACCUUCCCACUAGCAACUAUAUAUACACGAAGACAGACCGAUUCAGGAGGAAAAGGAAAAAAAUAAACUACAGGUUGCAUAAGAGCAAAGAUGAAGACAUCGAGAGCUGCAUUCCUCACAUAUACAAGGACAUCGCGCCCUCUCUGAAGGGUCUAACGGAUGAGGAAUAUUCAUACAAACAACUGCUGAAUGCGUAUUUCCCCGAAACAGUAGAAAGAGAAAUAGAAAAAAAAAAGGAAAAGGAAUUAAAACAAAAGAAUGAAGAAAAGGGAAUAUGUAAAAAUAGUGCGAAGAAAGAAGGCGUGAUGGAUGGUGAAAAGGACAUGGAAGAAAAGCUAAGAGAAAAUGAUAUAACCAAUUUUGAAGAUAUAAAUAAAAUAAGUGAUCACAAGAAAAAAAAUAAAAUUCUGGAUAUCGCAUAUGAUAGUAUGGAAGAUUCCCUGAGAGAUAUUUACCUGCGCAUGAAAUCAGGUGUGGGCAACGAGGAAGAAGACAAAAAGGAUUACCUAGAAAUUGCAAAAAAGGAGAAGGACAUGUUGUACGAAAAACUUAUAUGUGGAUAUUCCCCCCUGAAUAAUAGCAGUACGUUCGAUUUGUUUGGCGUUUUCUACGAUAGCAAGGACUACGAGGACGGAAAAAAACUCCUGGCAGAGAUGAACAAAAUGUUAAAUUUGGAGCCUCUUAAAAGCAACAGAGGAAACAUAUUACAAACGGUUGAUACGCUUUUAAAGAAGAAUAAUCUGCCUCCACAUAUAAGAAAUUUUUUGAUCAAGUAUAGACACAUUGCUGAGGAAGUUUGCGGCACACGGGAAGACAGAAAAGACGCAGUGGGAGAUGAGAAAACCGAGGAUACGCAGAUCGAACAGGAUGUAACGCAGACGCCAGGUGGGGAAAGGAAAAAUGAAGAGUACCUCGAAUUGGACGAUCCGAAAACAGCAGCUGAGGUGGGGAAGGGAAUAAAAAAAGAAGAAUACCUCAAGGACGUUAACAAAGUUAUUAUGACCUUGCACAACAAUUUGAAUAACGAAAAAUUAAUGAGAAGGGACCAAUAUUUCGUCGACGAGCUGUAUGAUGCUUAUAAAAAGCACCUGCGAACUAUACACGUAAAACGAAAUAAACUGGAGCCACAGAAAAAUAAUUACGACUUUUUAACCUUUUUCCAUGAGCAUUACGAAGAGUACUUUUUUUUUAAGUAUGGAAAUUUCGCCUACGAUUUUGAGGAAACGGUGGAGAAAGUUAAGGAGAAGAUGGAAAAUGAAAAAGGCCUCACUAAGACUGAAGACGCAGCUCAAUUCAGCCAACAUGGGGGGACAGGACCCCCAGUGGAAAAUCAACACAUGGAGGGUGACAAAAAACCAAGUAGUUUAGAUAUGUGGGUUAGAAGUGUGGGUGAUCCUACUGAGAGCAGGUACAACGAAGACAAAGGGACCAGAGCGGGGAGAGGGAAAAAUCCAAACGAGAAGUGUUCCAUACUUAAAGGCAUAAAGCAAGAUAAAAAACUGAGAAAACAUAUACUUAUGGAUAUAAUUCAUAAUUACCAAAAAAGGAUGUACGAUAUUUAUAAACCAAAUAACAUAAUCACAAAUGCAUACGGUUUUAAUAAUUAUAUAGACAAUGAACAAUAUGAAAAAGAAAUAAACGCAUCAUUUAACAAGUAUAGCAUAUUAAACUAUGACAGUAAGGAAGACUUAAAUAAAGUGGAGAAAUUAUAUGUAGGAAAAUUAAUAUUUGGUAAAAUUUUUAAAAUCGAAAAAACGUAUGCAUAUGUUGAUAUAAAUUACGCAUUUUACGCGGAAUUACACGAAGAUCAAAUGCCCUAUAAUAUUAAAAAUAUGAAAGAUGUGUUUAAGGUGAAUGACAAAUUGGUAUUUGAAAUAUAUAAAAUGUACCCAGAGAAAAUUUUACUGACACUGAAAAAUAUACAAAAGGUUAAUGACCUUAAUAAAAUAUUACAUUACAAAACGCAGGACAUGCCCUUCGAUGUGAAAGUUGUAACAAUUUUAAAAAAUGGAAUAAGUGUUUCGUAUAACGAUAUUUACGCAUUCAUCCACAUUUCUGCUUUGUCCAGUAAGUACAAAGUAAAAGUGGAAGAAAAUGAAAAAAUCCAGGAAUCGUUACUUAACCAAAAAAUUAAAGUCAUAUGUACAGAUAUUAGCAAAUUAAAUUUUUCCAAUUUAAUAUAUGAGCAAAAUGAGCAAUUAAAAAAAUUGAAUAUUUACGAUAUUGUCCAGGUGGAAAUUAUACACAUUUCGAAAUACGGCCUCAUGGUAAAAUGCGACGAUAUAGUUGGACUGAUACACAUAUCCGAGAUUUCCAAAAAAAAAAUCGAUGACUUGAAUGAUGUUUUCAAAAUAGGGGAUCAAUUAAAAGGGGUAUUAAUAAAUAUAGACUAUGACAACAAAAGAUUUUCCUUGUCUACCAAAAUUUUGGAAACGGAGGGACGCAAUUUUAUUGACGACAGGGCCCAGAUAUAUGACAAUAUGGAAUUCAUUUUGGAGGAUAUUAAGAAGAGAAACACCUCCUUGCGAAUUAACGACUCCAAUAUUAAGAACCAAUUGCUUUCCCUUAUUGAUAUUUACAAAACGGAGGAUGGCGACUCGAAGAGUGAUGGUCAGGCUGAUAUCGCCCCUGCGGCCGGUGCGGAUACCCACCAGGGCAAAAUAGACCGCGGUGAAGCAGACCAAGGUGAAAACGAUCGGAACGAUACCCCGCGUAGCGUAGAGCUUACCAAACGGACGAAUAACCCGGGAGAUGGUACAGAUAGACACACCACAUGUAAAGGUGAUCAGGACCAAUCGACCGAACUCGCUCCUACCGAUCUACGCAUAGAGAAUGAUCAAAUAAAACGUACAGAAGGGGAUAAUCGAGAAACCGAAACGGAGCGCUUUAGUGACGACCUUGAUGAAACGGAAGAAGAGGAAAAGGAACUUACCAUCGAUAUAAACAACCAGUUAGUUCCCUACCUGAUGUUGAAGCAGGAUGAAAUCGCCAAGGAGGAGGAGGAGGAAAGUGUCUUGGAAAAACCCAGAGAGAUAAUUUGGAACCUGGAGGAUGAAGAAUUUUUGAAUUCCAACUCCCCAACGCAGAGUACCCAAUUUUUCGAAUAUCAGUGGUCCUACUUAAAGGAUAAAAAAUGGGUGAACUUCGCCUAUUAUGUGAACAGAAUUAUGAAUUACUAUUUUAACAUUAACGAUGACUUCUUUACAUACAAGGAAAAGAACGUGGUGUACGAAAUUGAUUUUGUGAAAGGUGUAAGAAUUGAUUUGGCUACAGGGCUUCAAAACAGGAUUAGGAAAAUCACCAAGUAG